AUGUCGCCACCGGGACCGGGACCGGAGGGCGGUGGGCCGUGCCUGCGUUCCGCUAACACGCGCGAACUCUCCGAGGUCGUUUUCAACAACCGUAGCCCCCGUUCCGUCCUCCCGAUCUGGGUGGAUUUUGAGGGCAGGCCGCGUUACUACCCGGUUCUACAGCCUCGCACCGGGAGGAUCAUGCACAGUUACCGGGGUCACCUCUGGCUGUUCCGGGACGCGGGGACAAACGAUGGACUCCUUGUCAACCAGCAGGAGCUGUUUAUAGCGGCUCCCAACGUGAAUAAAGCAGACAUCACGCUGCCAGUGUUCACCCUGAAAGAGAGAUGUCUCCAGGUUGUUCGCAGUCUGGUCAAACCGAUGGACUACAGGAAACUGGACAUUGUUCGAUCGUUAUAUGAAGAGCUGGAAGAUCAUCCUGAUAUUAGGAAGGAUCUUCAGCGGCUUUCUCUGGAGAGAAGUGAAACAUUGAGGAAUGGAAUUCUGGAAUAACAUGAUUACAUGAUUACACUCCCGACUCUUUAAGUAGCAAACCACUGAGUUUAAGCAGGGACGGUCACCGCGAAACAUGCCAAGAACUAAUGUCUGCAUUUUGAGUUCUGAAACACAAACUCAGUUAAAUUGUGGAAAACUUGCUGUGAUGGUAAGUCAGAUCCAAAAGACUAACCAGCACGUAGAAGUGCGCCAGGUUCCUGAUGGUUCAGUUCUGUUCUUCGUUGCGCAUGUUGCAAACCGAUGACUCUAGAGGCCCUGCACGGGUGAAGCUCAGAGAAGUUUUAUUUGGAACACUGCACAGGGGCGGAAUAUGUGUUUGUACUAGAAAGUAAAUUACACCGAGGAUUAAUUUAAUCCAGACUCUAAUGAUUGUAAGUGGCAGACCAACACCAGUUUUGCUUGAAUAAUUUUCUUUUGAUGGAAUUUCACUCUCAUGCUUAGUCUAGAUUUGCCUGUGAAUUGCAAAGCGUGGGGCGUGUUUGUGUAUGCGAGGGUUUCCAUCACCACCUUAUGAGGACCUGACCUGAAACGUUGUGUUGGUGGACAGAUGACAUGCCUAAAUGCUUGGGUUUUUUCUGCCUUUUACAUUUGCAUUUAUAAACCCAUGUCAUAUCAACUCUGAGGCUGACACAUUUUUACACAGAUCAUACCCGGAAUGCCUUAUUUGUCCUUCAUGAUUGAAUGCCUAGUUGAUCUCAAGGUGAUCCAACCUAGCCAGCCAUAUAGACUGGAUCCCAGUUUUGGGACACCUUUCUCCUCCGCAGCUGCUUCCCCAGCUGCCUAUGCAGGCAUACCAAGUAGCGUUCCUAGAAGGUAGAUGCUCCAAGUCCUGCCUUUUCCAUCACAGUGCAGUAGUUCAGGUCGUAGUGGGAGGCCUUUUUGGGGAGCAUGGACCACUCAAGCUGCGUGUGUCUCCUAAGGAACAGACAGCAGACUGUAUCAGCUCCUACGGGCCUGUUGCUAGAUCCAGCUCACAGACAGAUCCGUGCUUUAUUACAGGCCAGACAAGCAGAGAAAAUAUUUCUUUACCUAUAUUCUGUUCCCCCCGUACCUCAGUUAGAAUGUGUAUUUGUGUGAAUGUACACAUGUAAUUCAAAGCAGCAUAGUUUUUGGCAGGUACAUGAAUUGUCCAGCAAGUAACAGAUGUAGUGCCGUUCAAUGUUAGAGGCAGAUCGAUAGGAGAUUAUAGCAGGUUAUUUCUGUGGCAUACGUUUCUUUCCAGUUUUACAUUCUAAGAAACACAGCUGUGAAACUGAGAAUAUCAACGUAUUCUGUAAGUAUGAAAUGUCUCCCCUUUUUGUAGACUUGUUUUUCUUACAUAUUUGAAGUGUAUGAAUUGAUCUUUGUCAUAAAAAUGUAAGUCCAUGCUAACUUUUUUACUCUAAUUCUGUCAAAUAACUUCACAGUGCUUGUGACUGUAUGCUUGUAUUCCUGCAAUACUCCUGAAAGUUGUUCUAGUUGAUCAGUAACAGAUACUUUUACAGUAUCAGCAACAGACUGAGUUUACAAACUGUUCAGCCCCCUGUUGCUGCAGGACUGCAUUGUGGCUAACGCUGCACUGUUAUCACAACUUCAGGCAGUGUCUGUGCGCAAACGUAGCUACAUUACAAUUUCUGCUUUUGCCACCUUUUGCAGAUCUCUGUCAGAGAAAAGUGAGCCCGUGCAGGCCUCGGGAGCAGACAUCGGGAAGUCACCCAGCUCCUAGGGAGCCCUUUGGUUAGAGGGUGCUGCACUGUGCUCCUGCAGGUGGGGCUCCUGCAGGUACCUGAGAGGAGUUUCUCUCCUGACAUCCUUGUGAUGCUGAGCGUUACGAUUGACGUGGCAGUACUGCCCGCCAGUUGCAGAAAACUGGCCUGCUUGACUCGGUAGUUUUUCUUUUAAUGUAGUAGGUAUUAGGUUUAACAGAUCUGUACAUAUCACGAACGUUCUGUAUAUUUCCGGUUUGUGUGGGAUCUGUAAUCUCUUGUGUUGCUUAUUAGAAUGAUUUAAAUCUA